AUGCCGCCUCCGGAAACGAUGUUGAGAAAAAGCCCGUACAAGAGAAGCAUAGAUAGGAAAUCGUGGGUGGCAACUUUUCCUGAGGAAAUAAGUAAUUUGUCUGAGUCCACCAUCUUUAUCACAAGAUGUAUGUACAUUGUAUUCUGUCAUAUUCUCGCCAGUCGGCGCCUGUUACCGACGAAAGUUUUUAAGAAGAGAACAAUCGACGGUGAUGUUCGUGCAUAUGUGAUGGACACGAAUGAACUUCUGGGAGCUCGGCUCAUGCAAAAGUUUAAAGGUGUCACCGAUGCCGUGAAGCAAAGCUACCUUCACGAACUGAUACUUGUUGUCAGUACAUCGGAAGAGAACGAUAAAGAUGCGAUAGAGACGUACAUGUGGAGAAUGCGUUAUAUCGCUGACGGUGAUCCUGAAGCGGAGCUCAUACAUCCUGACGGCAGAAUAAUGGCGGCACUUCGUUUUCGAGGAAUGGAACGUUUAAAGAAAGAACUCAUUGAACUAUUACUUAUGAUCAGAACUUUAUGCCGAGAAACAUUGGGUCCGUUACCUGCUGGAGCGUCGUCUGCGUUACGCAUCACUUACAAUCAACGUGCUCCAAAAGGUUACCAAGCUCCCGGAUUCUAUCGUUCACCGGAAGAUCCAGUGUUGAGAACGGAUGCACAGGAGAUUGAAAUCGCGAAAAUGCAAACAAAACAUCACGGGGCAUUACUUACGGUGCAAAGUGUCUUUAUUGAUGACGCCUACGCUGUAGGAUUGAGACUCAAAGAAAUAAUGAAACUGGAUGGAUUGGACGACUCGUUGAACGAAUCCUUUGAAGAAGAGAACGGAGCAGGUGACGAUGUUCAUCGUUCGUUCGGAAAUGAUACGAUGGAGAAGAUCAGCGGUGCUCCUGUGGAACAGGUUGAUGUAGUCGAAGUGCGAGAAGGUGAACGUAGUGGAUCCGAAAACGGAGAUCGUAACCAAAGUCCAGCUCUGAACUCAAGUAUGAUUGGGACUCGUGGGUCAUCGACAGAUGCAACAGAUUCUGGAAGCAUUGCAGCAGCAGCAGCAGAAGUACGACCCAGACGAGGAAGACGUGGUAAACCAGCUGUCGUUAAGGUCUCAGAAGACCAGCCGAUCAUUGAACGAGCUGGAAGCCCUGUUAUUGUUUCCGCUUCACCUACAAUGAGCGAAACACCGAAUCGUGGACUACAAGACGAUAGCAGUUGUACGCCACCACCCGCAAAGAGAACACCCGGUGCAAUCAAAACAGGAAAGAUCACUCCUAAAGCGGCGCCACCCAGGAAGAAGAAAUAG